UGACAUAAAAGGGUAGCAAAUGGAGUCCUUAGAACAGCAGUUCAGAGACAAUAUACGCUCAGGUAUCUGAAAACUAUUUAUAUCCACUUGUUUUGGGCUGGGAAAGGGACUUGCUGUAUUCCUAAUGAUGGUACAUAUGGACCUUCAAUUUCGGCCAUCAGUGCUACCCCAGAUUUCGAGCCUACUGUAAGACCUCCAAGUCUAAAAACUCAGAAGAAUAAAACAGGCCUAAUUGUGGGGAUGGUUGUUGGGGUUGGGGUUGUAUUUCUAUCAGUUCUUGCAGUUUUCUUCAUUGUUCGAAGAAGAAAAAGGCCACAGUCUGAUGAUGAUGACGAGCUUCUAGGGAUAGAUGUUAGACCAUACACUUUCAAUUAUGCUGAACUAAGGACUGCUACAGAAGGCUUCAUUCCUGCAAAUAAGCUUGGAGAGGGAGGAUUUGGACCAGUUUAUAAGGGAACACUUUGUGAUGGAAGAGUUAUUGCUGUGAAGCAACUGUCUGUAGCAUCCCACCAAGGGAAGAGCCAAUUUGUAGCAGAAAUUGCUACUAUAUCAGCUGUGCAGCACCGGAACCUAGUAAAACUUUAUGGAUGUUGUUACGAGGGAGCACAACGAAUCCUUGUUUAUGAAUAUCUGGAAAACAAUAGUCUUGAUCAAGCAUUAUUUGGAAAAGAAAGUUUGGAUCUUGAUUGGUCAACUCGUUAUGAUAUUUGUUUGGGAGUAGCAAGAGGUCUAGCUUAUCUUCAUGAAGAAUCGAGGCUUCGAAUCAUACAUAGAGAUGUGAAGGCCAGUAAUAUUCUACUUGAUGGUAAUCUUAUCCCUAAAAUAUCAGAUUUUGGUUUGGCUAAACUUUAUGAUGAUAAGAAGACACACAUAAGCACCCGUGUGGCAGGGACAAUUGGAUAUCUAGCACCUGAAUAUGCCAUACGUGGACAUCUUACAGAGAAGACUGAUGUGUUUGCCUUUGGAGUAGUGGCUCUAGAGGUGGUUAUUGGGAGGCCAAACUCAGAUUCAAGCUUGGAAGAAGAGAAGAUGUAUCUUCUUGAUUGGGCUUGGCACCUAUACGAGAACAAUCACCAACUCGAACUGGUGGACUCCACAUUAUCAAAAUUCAAUGAGGAAGAAGUAAAACGCCUGAUAGGAGUAGCUCUCUUAUGUACUCAAACAUUGCCCUCAUCGAGGCCAUCGAUGUCUCGUGUAGUUGCUAUGCUUUGUGGAGAUAUUGAAGUGAGUACAGUGAAUUCCAAGCCAGGAUACUUGACUGAAUGGACAUUUGAUGAUGUGACCAGUUUUGUUAGUGAUGAUGAUACAGCUGAAGAAAGCAGUGAUUAUACUAGCCAUUACAUCUCAUCAGCAAGUUUAAGUAAUCAGGAUACAACUCCACCAAUAAGUGGUGCUCAAGCCCUGCUCCAUUGAUUGACUUUCAGUCUUGAUUCCACUUUUAUUUCAUAUUUGUUCAGCACAGGUGUUAUUCGUAAUGCUAAAAGAAAUGUAACACAAAUAAACUCAAGUAGAUAAUAUUGGAACAAAGAAUUGUCAACGGGGACCAAGGGCUAGGUAGCAAAAAUACUAUAAAAGGGGUUAAUAUCCAAACGGGUUAAUCUUAUGUUUUAGAUAAUGGAAUUCGAUUCUUUGUAAUAUCAUUGUUGCGUCAGCUUUUUCUGGGUUCUCAGUUUGUGUUGAAAUCUGCAAAGAAAAGUUAUGGAGG